AUGCAGAAGCAAGUGGAGAUCAGAAUGCACGAGAGUCAUCUGGAUCCUCCUCCAGAGCCUGAAGAGUCUAUGUGUGGAAGCUGCUGUGACAAACUCAUAAAGAACCUGCUUCUUACGCUCACUGUUCUGGGUGUGAUCACUGGUUCAGUAGUUGGUAUUUUACUGCGGUACGCAUCACCACUGCCCGCUGAUGUCAUCAUGGUCAUUGCAUUCCCUGGUGACAUUUUGAUGAGGAUGUUAAAAAUGGUCAUUUUGCCACUGAUCAUCUCAAGUUUGAUCACAGGUUUAGCAGGUUUGGAUGCGAAGUCGAGUGGCCGCCUGGGCACAAGAGCCAUGAUUUACUACAUGUCCACCACCAUCAUCGCAGCUGUGCUGGGUGUGAUUCUGGUGCUUCUCAUCCACCCUGGAAACCCCAAACUCAAGGCAAACCUGGGCGAGGGCAAAAAGAAUGACGAAGUGUCCAGUUUAGAUGCCUUCUUUGAUCUCAUCCGAAAUCUGUUUCCAGAAAAUCUUGUUCAGGCUUGUUUCCAGCAGAUCCAGACUGUUACUAAUAAGGUGGAAAUCGCUCCUCCUCCACCUCCAACUCGGUUUGGACGAAAUGUUACCAAGGGUGCAGCGAAAUAUGUGAUCAAGAAAUCUCUUCAGUUCAAGAGCGGAAUGAAUGUGUUAGGUCUCAUUGGGUUCUUUGUGGCAUUUGGGAUUUGCAUGGGAAAGAUGGGAGAAAAGGCCAAACUGAUGGUUGAUUUCUUCAACGUUCUCAAUGAAAUCGUUAUGAGGCUUGUCGGCAUGAUCAUGUGGUAUUCCCCCAUUGGUAUUGCAUGUCUGAUCUGUGGGAAGAUCAUCUCCAUUAAUGAUCUGGAAGUGGUGGCCAAACAACUGGGCAUGUACAUGGUCACGGUCAUCGUCGGACUCAUUAUUCAUGGAGGCAUAUUUCUUCCCUUAAUAUAUUUUGUAAUCGUUCGGAAAAACCCAUUCAAAUUCUUCAUGGGACUUUUCCAAGCUUGGGUCACCGCCUUAGGAACAGCUUCCAGUGCUGGCACAUUACCUGUCACUUUCCGCUGUCUGGAAGAAAAUCUGGGUAUUGACAAAAGAGUGACGCGAUUCGUGUUACCUGUUGGAGCAACCAUCAACAUGGACGGUACUGCGCUUUAUGAGGCUGUAGCCGCUAUCUUUAUUGCCCAGAUGAAUGGAAUAGAACUUGAUCCUGGUCAGAUCGUGACAGUCAGCCUGACGGCCACUCUGGCUAGUGUUGGAGCAGCCAGUAUUCCCAGUGCUGGUCUGGUGACCAUGCUUCUGAUCUUGACAGCUGUUGGACUGCCGACUCAAGACAUCAGUUUACUGGUAGCAGUCGACUGGCUUCUGGAUCGCUUCCGAACAUCAGUCAAUGUCAUUGGCGACUCAUAUGGGGCAGGAAUCGUGUACCACCUCUCCAAAGAUGAGCUUGACAUGUUUGAUGCGCAGCAGAUUCGGCCAGAUGACUUCGAGAUGGCCAAGACACAGUCCUAUUAUGAGAAUAACUCUAACCACGGUGUAUAUCACAACUCCUGUCAGCCGAUCCAAAUAGAUGACUGCAAGGUAACCUUGGCCUCAAAUGGCUCCCCUGCGGAGUUCUCACUUGUUGAGGAGGAACCAUGGAUUCGCGAGUAACACAGCACACAGAUCCAGCUCCGCCUUAUCCUGAGUCCCACAAGCUUAUCCUUUCUGCUGAAAACCAAAUGCUCUAUGCAUAUAAACAGUCAGAACUUUCAACAAAACUUUUCACAUGCACAAACACCUGUUUUUUUGUAUAACAAUCUCAGUACAUCUGAAAUACAAAGGGAAAAGAAUGUAGCUGCUGCUGGUAGUAUAUAUAUACACAGUCUUGGGAUUGAUACUUGGUCUAUAAACUGCUGCCUUAAGGCUAUCGCUUACAUGGGCUUGUCCAGCCUGGGACCCCAGACUGACCUUAGAGCACCACUAGUGGCAGGUAGACAGAAGUGCAGCUUGUUUGCUGACCAUACCUUUGACUGGUUUGGCUUAGGUGGAUUAACCCUUGGUAGCGGCACUCCAGAUCAGCCUCUUAUAAGAGCUUACCAAUGUACUUAGAGGUUCGAAAAUAGUGGUUUGCCUCCAAAUGCUGCCACUUAUUUUUAGAUGCCGCUCAACGUAAUUGCCACGUCAGCAAUUAGAGAGCGAUCAGACAUCGAGAUGAUUGGCGUUAUCUGCGAGGACUGUUGGUUGUGAUAUACUGUUGGCUUGUGGAGUGAAAUGGUUUGAUUG